AUGUGGGGCAGAAUAUUGGCAGUGGCUACUGCUUUCGCGGGCACAGUUGUCGCUCAAAGUGAAGCGGGUGUGGCUCCGUUGGACAGACCGCGUCGUGAUUUGUUCGAAAAGAACCUUACUGCAUGCCCUGGCUAUGUUGCCACCAAACAGUGGGAGACCAAAUCUGGAUUCUACGCCGAUCUUUCACUCGCUGGCGAUGCUUGUAACGUCUACGGCACUGAUUUAAAGGACCUGAAGCUAGAGGUCGAGUACCAAACACAAGAUCGACUUCAUGUCAAGAUUCUGGACACCAACAACACAGUGUACCAAGUGCCUGAUGCUGUCUUCCCGCGCCCUGGCUACGGACAAUGGACCUCACCAAAGAACUCGAAGCUGAAGUUCAAUUUCAACGCCAGCCCUUUCGCCUUCUCAGUGUCGCGGACAGACACUGGUGAGGUACUCUUCGAUACGACUGGCAACCAGCUGGUAUUUGAAAGGCAAUAUGUGUACAUCAAAACAAGCCUACCGGAACGUCCUCACCUUUACGGAUUGGGCGAGCACAGCGACAAGUUCAUGCUGAACACGACGAAUUAUACCCGAACCAUCUACACGCGAGAUGCGUACGGUACCCCUCAAGGACAAAACCUUUAUGGUGCUCACCCCAUUUACUUUGAUCAUCGUGGUAAUGCCACCCACGGUGUCUUCCUCCUCAACUCCAACGGCAUGGACAUAUAUCUGGAUAACGCCGGCGGAAACCAAUAUCUGGAAUACAACAUCAUUGGCGGAGUACUUGACUUUUACUUCGUUGCCGGUCCUGGUCCCAAGGAGGUUGCUCAGCAAUAUGCAGAGAUCACUCAAUUGCCACAAAUGUCUCCUUACUGGGGACUGGGAUUCCACCAAUGCAGAUACGGCUAUCAGGACGUGUACAACGUUGCUGCCGUUGUAGCGAACUACUCUGCAGCCGGUAUUCCGCUGGAGACCAUGUGGACUGACAUUGACUACAUGGAGCUGCGCCGAAUCUUCACACUUGAUCCGGAACGCUUCCCGGCUGACCUUGUAAAGGAUCUUGUGGACACAAUCCACGCAAGAGAUCAGCAUUACAUUGUCAUGGUGGAUCCUGCUGUCUACUCUGUUGAGACAGAGAGGAACACAGCUCUGACCAAAGGUCUCGACCAGGGAAUCUUUAUCAACGACAACGACAGUGCUCCAUACGAGGGCGUUGUGUGGGCUGGGCAGAGCUACUUCCCUGAUUGGUUUAAUCCUAAGUCGCAACAGUACUGGAGCGAAUUGUUCCUUCAGUUCUUCGAUGGCACAAACGGUCCCGAUAUCGAUGCUCUGUGGAUUGACAUGAAUGAGCCAGCCAACUUUUACAACCGUCCUUAUCCUGGUAACAACACCACUCCAGAGAACUUUGCCGAGGUCGAUGGAGAUCCUCCAAUGCCACCUCCGGUUCGUGACGGACCAGACGCUCCUAUUCCAGGCUUUCCAGCUAGUCUUCAGCCAAACUUCYCUGGAGAGGGUACAAAUGUAACCAAGCGCGUCGUGAUGAUAAAACGCUCGACCAGCAAUGGGCAGACCGAGCGCGGUGGAGGGCGUUGGAAGUCUCUGUACCAGCAAUGGGGUCAGGGUGGCUAUGGUGCUGCUGGCACUGGCUGGCAAAAUGGCAAGUCGACUGGUUCUGGCUGUGGACCAAAGGAAUGUCUUGGUCUGCCCAACCGCGAACUGGUCUUACCCCCUUACAUGAUUCAAAAUGGUGCAGGCCCAACUCUUGCUGACGGUACGACUGACACCGAUCUUGUCCAAUACGGCGGCCUUGUCCAGUACGACACGCACAACUUGUACGGCGCCAUGAUGUCUUCCACAUCGCAGCAAGCCAUGCUUGCUAGACGUCCAAAUGAACGUGCUAUGGUCAUCACUCGCAGCACUUUUGCUGGCUCUGGAAAGGACGUCUCCCACUGGCUUGGCGACAACUUGUCUGAGUGGUUCCAGUACCGUUUUUCCAUCUCUCAGAUACUGCAAUUCGCAGCGCUAUACCAAGUCCCGCUUGUGGGAUCUGAUGUUUGUGGGUUUGGCGGGAACGUUACGGAAACACUAUGCGCGAGAUGGGCAACUCUCGGAGCUUUCUACACCUUCUACCGCAACCAUGCCGAAAUCUCCGCAAAUGACCAGGAAUUCUACCGCUGGGAGUCGGUCACUCGAGCUGCUCAAAAUGCCAUUUCUAUUAGAUACCAGCUUCUCGAUUACAUCUACACGGCAAUGUACAAGCAGAAUCAGACCGGCCUACCUUCAUUAAACCCUCUCUUCUUCAACUACCCCACAGACGUCAACACAUACCCCAUCGACCUACAAUUUUUCUACGGCGAAGGAAUUCUCGUCUCUCCAGUCACAGAAGAGAACUCCACACGCGUGGAAUACUACCUUCCCAACGACAUCUUCUACGAAUGGGGAACCGGCAAGCCCGUACGCGGCGAGGGCACUUUCGUUUCCGCAGACGUCGAACUCGAAGACAUUACCCUCCACUACAAAGGCGGAAUCAUAUACCCCCAACGUAUCACAAGCGCCAACACGACCACAGCAUUGCGAACAAAAGGUUUCAAUAUCGUAGUCGCACCUGGUCUGGAUGGUGAAGCGAGCGGUUCACUUUACCUUGAUGAUGGAAUCUCUAAUGUCCAGGAUGCUGUCUCGGAGAUUGAUUUCCAUUACAAGGAUGGGUGUCUUAGUAUGUCUGGCUCCUUUGAGUAUGAUGCUGGGCCAGUUCAUAUUGAGAUGAUUACUAUUCUUGGGGUGGGUGAGGAACCGGAUUGCGUUGAGGGUGCGGAAUAUGAUGAGGAGAAUUGGAAGCUUAGUGUGCUUGUUGAUGUGCCGUUGACGUGUGAAGCUGAGCUGUAUGUCUUUUUAGAUAGGACUUAUUAG